AUGGCCGCAGACUUACAAUCCCCCCCGGACCGCGAAACUCCAACAGACACUGACCCACGCCAUCCUCGAGAGACUCAAGAAUCGCCGCAACAUCAAAGUCUGUCGGUUACUCAAGGAGGGCAAGAAGAUAGCCCAUAUUCUAUCUAUGACACCAAAGAGAAGCUUCUGAUAGUCAUUGUUGUAUCGAUUGCUGGGUGCUUUUCGCCCUUGGCAACCAAUACUUAUCUCCCAGCCUUGACCAGCAUCGCGAGUGAUCUCCAUGUAAAUAAUACGCUCAUCAAUCUCACUGUCACGAUAUAUCUCAUCUUCCAAGGACUGGCUCCAGCCUUUUUCGGACAGUGGGCCGACAGCUCCGGUAGAAGGCCGGCGUAUAUCGCCUGCUUCGUCAUAUUCAUUACGUCCAAUAUUGGAUUGGCACUGCAGAAAAGUUAUGCAGCCCUUCUUGUUCUGCGAGGGCUACAAAGUGCCGGAAGUAGCAGCACUGUAGCCCUCUCCAGCGCAGUCAUCUCGGACAUUGUGGCUACAGCGGAGCGAGGGGUCUAUGUAGGCUACUCAUUCACGGGGUUUCUCCUAGGACAGACGCUUGCUCCUGCCCUAGGGGGCCUCCUGACGUCGUUUUUGGGCUGGCCAUGGAUCUUUUGGUUCUUGGCCAUCUUUUCCGGCGUUUUCUUCAUUGGCAUGUUGUUGUUUCUUCCUGAGACAUCUAGGAAGUUGGUUGGAAAUGGCUCGAGGCCACCCCCACGCUGGAGUAUGUGUCUCCUUAACCUGCGCCGGAUGGAGCCACGGACAAAGUUCCCGACGGGGAACAGCAUAGCAAUAAGGCGACACAUCCCAAACCCAUUCCAUGUCCUCCGAGUGCUGGCGGAGAAAGAGGCGGGUCUGAUUAUCUUGACGCAAGGCAUCAAUUUCUGCUGUUUUCUCGCGAUUAGCACGAGUCUCACCUCUCUCUUCAAAACUAUCUAUGACUUUAACGACGUCAAGAUUGGUCUCUGCUUUCUUCCCCUGGGCGCUGGCGGCGUUACGGCUUCAUAUACCCAAGGAAUACUAACAGAUUGGAAUUACCGCCGACAUGCGAAACGGCUCGGUCGAAUUGACCCCACAGGUCGCUGGCAGGACAUACACGACUUCCCUAUUGAGCGGGCUCGUGUGGAGAUUCUCCCUCCACUGGCAUGCCUGCAGUGUGUAGGGUUUAUUGCAUACGGCUGGGUUUUGCGUUAUUCGCAGCUCGUAGCAGGGUCUCUAGUUCUCUUGUUCUUUCUCGGCUAUACGGGCGUGGCGACCGUCAAUAUCAUGAGUGUUUUGUUGAUCGACCUCUACCCACACAAUCCAGCGACCGCAACAGCAGCAACCAACCUAGUGCGAUGUUUACUAGGAGCCGGCGUAACAGCCGGCAUCGACCCGCUGCUCCAUGCCGUAGGGUACGGCUGGGCCUUUACGUUCAUUGGACUGAUCAGUUUGCUGUGUAUCCCACCAGUGAUAGUUGUGGCAGUGUUCGGCCAGAGAUGGCGGGCAGAGAAGAAUAUCCCUUUAGAGGAGCCCUAA